AUGGCUGAUAAUAUUAUGGAAGAAGAAGAAAUACAACAGCUUGGAAAAUUGCUGGUAGAGAUAUACAAACUCAUGAAGGUGGUGGUGACCACGGGAUUGUAUUCUCCCCCAGCUGCAAGUUUUCUUGAAUGUUUUGCCUUUUAUGGCUUAAUACAUUCCAUCAAACCUUCACUUGGUGGUCCUAUCAAUGCUAUCAACUCUGCAGGAAUGAUGGGCCAGCCAUCAGCCUGUGUAUUGGCCAUGAAAAUGUAUGAGGAGCAUAUGAAACUUCCUCAUUCAAUGGAUUCAGAGACAUCUCCAGUUCUAAUGGACCCCAAUAGGAUGGCCCUUCUCAAGUCAGCAACUAAUCACCAAGGGGUGAUUAAGAAGUUGAUUUUCCCAAUUGAUGUUAUGGUUGUGUUACAUGCUACGAAAAUUAUAGCAAUCACAGGAGUAACAUUGUGGAGGCCCAUAUUCAAGUACAGUGCCUACUGA